AUGGCCUCCGCUGCUAAGGGAAAGAUCAUGGCCGUGAUCGGCGACGAGGACACCGUCGUCGGAUUUCUUCUCGGCGGCGUCGGCGAGUUGAACAAGGUCUUUUUUGAAUAGUUUUCAGUGGUUUUUCUAUUUCGAAACUCAUAUUUUCAGGCGAGAAAGCCGAAUUAUCUCAUUGUGGAUAAGUCGACGGAGCUCCAAGCCAUCGAGGAUGCUUUCAAAACUUUCUGCUCCCGCGAAGACAUCGCCAUCAUUCUGAUCAACCAGCAUGUUGCCGAAAUGAUCCGCUUUGUUGUAAGUUCAGGAUUUUUUGAGUAGGAUGGAUAGGGAACAUAAGAAAAAAGAGGAAAUUUUCGAGAAAAAAGCUUUCAGAGUUUCGCUCGUCAAAUUUUUGAUAAUAAUUCUGAGCUCAUUUUUUUAUUGAAGUUCUAUAUUUUUUUAUCAAACCAUUGAGUUUUUGAAAUUUUUUUUAAUAAACGAUAUAUUUCUAGCAAUGUUCCUAUUGUAAUUUUAUCACGCGACACUAAACUAGUUUAACUUUCUUUUUUUCAAAUUUUAUCAUACUUUUUUGAUUCAAAUAUUGUGAUAUCAUAUGAUUUUUUUUCGUUUGUAUGCUAUUUUUGCUUAAAUUUCAUUGCUGGUGUGAUUGAAGCGUAUGAAACCUUGCGACUCUCGAAAAAAAAAAUUUGAAAAAAGCUUUUCGCUUCGAGACCUUGCCGCAACUCGCAAAAGAUUUUCGAACAAACUAUAUAAUUUUAAAUUUAAAAAGAGUAACAUUUUUUUGAUGGAAUAGGUAUAAUAGCAGUUUCAAAGUUUUGAGCAAAGGGUAAAAUACUCAAAAAGACCGCAAAAAAACCCGAUUUUUCUUAAUUUCCAGUACAUUUUGUAGCAUAUAUUGUUAGGAACUGUUUCACCCUGACAUUUUUGAAUUCCGAAAAAGAAAAUUCAAAUUGAAGGUCGACCAACACACGGCCUCGAUCCCAGCUGUUUUGGAAAUUCCCAGCAAAGAGGCUCCCUACGACCCGAGCAAGGUAAUUUUUAUUUUUAUUUUUGUCAAGAACAGUAGGUCUUCAUGAAAAGUCUGAAGUAUAAUCUAUUUGGUACCCGUUCCAACGUGAGAUUUUUCUACAGAAAAAAAUGGAAUUAUUCUCGAAUUUUUUUCCGAUUUUUCUAGUUUUUUUAAUCAUUUGCAGUUAAAAAAACAGCGUUAAAUCGAACAUAUAUAGCUAAAGUUUUCCCUUGUUAGGUGAGCCAUAUAAAUUUUUUAAAUCUACAUCGAAUCCAAGUUUCGUUAAAAAAAAAUACGGACUUUGUCAAAAUUUGAUCUUUUUCACUGUUUCGAUGGGUAAAGUGCCGUCUAGCUCAAAAAUGUUUAUGAUACUCAUGCUAUCGUGCGGAAGUCACUUUAAGUCAGGUGCAAGCUUGGAGCAAGGCGUAGAACCAUUUCAAAUGCGACCAUGGUCUAUAGUUCAUUCAAAACUGGCUAUAGUUGAUUUUCAAUGGGGUUUAUGACUAAGUGAGCAAAAUUUGAUCGAAAUUGUGAGUUAUAGUUUUUUUUUUUUCGUCUUGUAAACAUUGGCGAAGUUAGAAAGACUGGAAAAAGAUUCCAUAAAAUGUUCCUUUCGGGGUGAAAAAGGCUCCUUUUUGCGUCAUUUUUUUGUCUCUUAUGCACCAUUUUUGCUGCCUCUUCCUUUUUCCACCAUUCCUUGAGCCUUAAAAUUCUAGAAAAAAGGAAAAUUUUGAUAAAGGGACCUUUUUUAUGCCUUUCUGCGAUUUUUUUUUGAGCCUCUCUUUUUUAGCGGCCAUUAUCCACCAUUCCGACUUUGCUCGAGAAUGGAAUUUGAUGAAUUUUCAGAAAGAUUUGCUUGAAAUGAGAGAUUUUUUGUUUUUCUUCUACAUUUCUAUAUUUUUCAUCUUCCAGGAGUUCUUUUGAAAUGAUUUCUUGCUAUAAAAACUCAAUUUUUCUUUUUCCAGGACAGCAUCUUGGGGCGUGCGCGCGGUCUCUUCAACCCCGAAGAUUUCCGAUAA